AUGGACUGCUACGUCCCAAACAACCCGCAGUUCGGGGAAUGCUGCCACACGCUCUGCUGCGAUCCGCUGCAGCCCUGCUCCUGCGACCAGAUCAGGGAGCUGUCUGAACAGUGCUGCCAGGAAAACGAGAACUGUUGUCCGGAAAAUGGGGAGGAAUUGAAUGCACUGGGCGAUUCGAUCGCUCCGUGCGACGUCAACCUCGGGGAUGUGAAUGAGCAGGGCUGGACGUCGGAAGACAUGGGCUCCUUUUCCCUUCCUUCGCUGGAGCUGGACCCUCUGCCCUCGCUGUUCCCCUUCUCGCCGUGUCCUGGAUACAACAGGAACUCGGGUGGGGAGUGCCGCGAGAGGACAGGGGGAGAGGCAGCUGACGUCCUCCUCUCUCUGAAACAUGCCGUAGUCCAUAGCGACUGCACGGAGGGCGUUCACCCACAGAUGAUGGUGAACAGCGGCACUGGUUAUCCGUACUACGAGCACUAUGCUGGCGCACCGAUCUUCCCCACGAUGAGCGUCAAUGUGUCCAUGAAUAUGACGAUGCACGGUUGUCAGCCUGAUCAACUUUGCUCACAGGUACAAUGGAAUCAAAACGCAAAUACACCGUCCGUCAAUGUAGUCUACCCUCCGCCACAGAACAACCCCACCUCGUACCCAUCCGCCACGUAUUCCUUUACCGCCGAUUUCCGACCUCCAAACCAAUCAGAUCCACUUAUCACAGCCUCCUCCACUUUCAAACCGUUACACCUUCAAAACGCCCAGAAAACUCCCAACUAUAUUUUCCAACAAAAGCCCAGUUUUUCCCAAAAAAUGGGAGUCCUCAAACGGUCACCCACGAAAUCAUAUCAAGAAAGUCAGAAAGAGAUGUCGAAUGGGUAUCUUCUUAAUCAUCAGAACCAAAUGCACCCACAGGAGUAUGGGUACAGUUCGUGUAUCAAUUCUUCGGGGAAAGUCCAAGUUGGAGCUCUAAGCGGUUCAGACGAGGACGAACAGAAGCCCAACCUCUGCCGAAUAUGUGGCAAGACCUACGCUCGUCCUAGCACAUUGAAAACCCACCUUCGCACUCAUUCCGGGGAACGGCCUUACAGAUGCGCCGAUUGCAAUAAAAGCUUCUCUCAAGCCGCGAAUCUUACUGCUCAUGUGAGGACACAUACUGGCCAAAAGCCAUUUAGGUGUCCCAUUUGUGACAGAAGGUUUAGUCAGAGUUCUAGUGUGACGACCCAUAUGAGGACUCAUUCUGGAGAAAGACCAUACCAAUGUCGAUCGUGCAAAAAGGCGUUCUCAGACAGUUCGACGUUGACGAAACACCUCCGAAUCCACUCUGGGGAGAAGCCAUACCAGUGCAAGUUGUGUUUACUCAGGUUUGAAGUUUUAUACUAG